AUGCCGCCCGCCGCGCCCGCCCGCCUGGCGCUGGCCCUGGGCCUGGGCCUGUGGCUCGGGGCGCUGGCGGGGUGCUCCGGGCGCGGCUGCGGGCCGUGCGCUCCCCCCUGCCUGUGCAGCCCGGCGCCCGGCGCCGCCUGCCGCGUCAACUGCUCUGGCCGCGGGCUGCGGACGCUCGGGCCCGCGCUGCGCAUCCCCGCUGACGCCACCGCGCUAGACAUCUCCCACAACCUGCUCCGGGUGCUGGACAUCGGGCUUUUGGCCAACCUCUCAGCGCUGGUGGAACUGGACAUAAGCAACAACGAGAUUUCUACAUUAGAGGAAGGAAUAUUUACUAAUUUAUUUAAUUUAAGUGAAAUAAACCUAGGCGGGAACCCGUUUGAGUGUGAUUGUGGUCUGGCCUGGCUGGUGCGCUGGGUGGAGGAGCAGCAGAUUCAUGUGGUGCAGCCUGAGGCAGCCAUAUGUGCUGGGCCUGGCUCCCUGGCUGGCCAGCCCCUCCUGGGCAUCCCCUCAAAGGAUGGCAUCUGUGGUGAGGAGUAUGUCGCCUGCCUCCCUGACAACAGCUCAGGCGCCGUGGUGAUGGCAGCUUUUUCAGCUGCCCAUGAGGGCCUACUAGAGCCUGAGGCCUGUAGCGCCUUCUGCUUCUCAGCCGGCCAUGAUCUGGCAGCCCUCUCAGAGCAAGGCUGGUGCCUGUGUGGGCCAGCACAGUCCCCUAACACCUCCUUGGCUUGCCUGUCCCUCUGCUCUGGCCCCCUGCUGCCCUUUGCCCCUGCCUGUGUGGGCCCCACCCUCCUCCAGCACGUCUUCCCUGCCUCCCCGGGGGCCACCCUGGUGGGGCCCCGUGGACCCCUGGCCUCUGGCCAGCCAGCAACUUUCCACAUUGCUGCCCCACUCCCCAUCAGCUCUGCACGCUGGGACUUUGGUGAUGGCUCCCCCAAGGUGGGUGUUGCUGGUCCAGCUGCCAUGCACCGCUUUGUGCUACCUGGGCGCUAUCAUGUGACAGCCAUGCUGGCUCUGGGGGCUAUCUCAGUUCCGCUGGAGACAGAGGUACAGGUGGAGGCGGCCCCUGCUGCUGUAGAGCUUGUGUGCCCAUCCUCGGUGAGAAGUGGUGAGAGCCUUGAACUUGGAAUCCAGAAUCGUGGUGGCUCUGGCCUCCAGGCCACCUAUAGCAUCAUGGCCCUGGGCGAAGAGCCAGCCCAAGUGGUGCACCCUCUCUGCCCUUCAGACACAGAGAUCUUCCCUGGCAAUGGGCACUGCUACCGCCUGGUAGUGGAAAAGGAGGCCUGGCUGCAAGCGCAGGAGCAGUGCCGGAUCUGGGCUGGGGCUGCCCUGGCCAUGGUGGACAGUCCUGCUGUCCAGCACUUCUUGGUCUCCCAGGUUACCAGGAGCCUGGAUGUGUGGAUCGGCUUCUCGGCCAUGCACGGAGCAGAGGUGGGCUUGGCACCCCAGGGUGAGGCCUUUAGCCUGGAGAGCUGCCAGAACUGGUUGCCUGGGGAGCCACACCCUGCCUCAGCUGAGCACUGUGUGCGGCUUGGGCCUGCUGGGCGGUGCAACACGGACUUGUGCUCAGCUCCGCAUAGCUAUGUCUGCGAGUUGCGGCCAGGAGGCCCAGUGUGGGAUGCUGAGAACUUCUUCGUGGGAGUGCCCAAUAGGGACCUUCAGGGACCUCUGCGUCCACUGGCACAGCAGGAAGUCCUCUUGGCCCCCCAGCAGCCUGUGGAGGUCAUGGUGUUUCCUGGCCUGGAGCUGAGCCGAGAAGCCUUCCUCACCACAGUUGAAUUUGGGACCCAGGAGCUCAGCCAGUCUGCCCAGCUGCGGCUGCAGGUGCACCGCCCCUUGAGAGAAGCAGGGGUUCCAGAAAACAGCAGUGAACUUGAUAGUGGGUCCUUGGACAACAGGACUGAGCCGGCCCCUGAGUGUGUGCCAGAGGGACGCUGGUGCCCUGGAGCCAAUGUCUGUGUGCCGCUGGAUGCCUCUUGCCACCCUCAGGCCUGUGCCAGCGGGUUCAUAUCAGGGCCUGGGCUCUGCAGGGCCACUUAUAUGCUAUGGAGAGAGUUCCUCUUCUCUAUUCCUGCAGGACCCCCUGCACAAUACUCGGUCACGUUCCUCGGCCAGGAUGUCCUCAUGCUCCCUGGUGACCUUAUUGGACUGCAGCAUGAUGCUGGCCCUGGUGCAUUCCUGCAUUGCCCCCUGGCUCCCGGUCACCCUGGCCUCCGUGCCCCAUAUUUUUCUGCUAAUGCCUCAGGCUGGCUGGCCCACCUUCCCACCCAACUGGAGGAAGCUCAGGCCGGUCCUGCCUGUGCUCUGAGAGUGCUUGGGGCCACAGAGCGCUUCACACCCCUGCUGGGCCUGAGGCCCAACCCUGGGCUGCAGCGUCCGGGCCACUAUGAGGUCCGGGCCAUGGUGGGCAACAGUGUGUCCAGGCACAAUCUGUCCUGCAGCUUUAGUGUUGUCUCCCCAGUGGCUGGGCUGCGGGUCAUCCACCCUGCCCCACACGACAGCCACCUCUAUGUGCCAACCAACGGCUCUGCCUUAGUGCUCCAGGUAGACUCCGGUGCCAAUGCCACAGCCACAGCUCGCUGGCCUGGGGGCAGUGUUAGCGCACCCUUUGAGGCUGCCUGCCCUGCUGUGGUGGCCACUCUCAUGCCUGACUGCCCCUGGAAGACCAAUGACACCCUGUUCUCAGUCCUGGCACUGCCCAGGCUCAGUGAGGGGGAGCACACAGUGGAGGUCGUGGCAGAGAACAGUGCCGGCUGUGCCAACCUCAGCCUGCGGGUGACGGCUGAGGAACCCAUCUAUGGCCUCCAUGCUAUGCCCAGCCCUGAGGCCCGUGUGCUGCAGGGAGUCCUAGUGAGGUAUAGCCCUGUGGUGGAGGCUGGCUCAGAUGUGGUCUUCCGGUGGACCAUCGAUGAUAAGCAGUCCCUGACCUUCCACAAUGUGGUCUUCAACGUCAUCUACCAGAGCGCUGCAGUCUUCAAGCUCUCACUGACAGCCUCCAACCAUGUGAGCAACGUAACAGUGAACUAUAAUGUGUCUGUGGAGCGGAUGAACCGGAUGCGGGGCCUGCAAGUGUCCACAGUGCCAGCUGUGCUGCCCCUCAAUGUCACCUUGGCACUGACGGCUAGUGUGCUGGUAGACUCAGCUGUGGAAGUAGCCUUCCUGUGGACCUUUGGGGAUGGGGAGCAGACACUCAGUCAGUUCAAGCCUCCAUAUGUCAAGUCCUUCCAGGUCCCAGACCCUGCAGUAGCCCAGGUGCUAGUGGAGCACAACGCCACACACACCUACACCACCCCAGGUGAGUACAGCCUAACUGUGCUCGUGUCCAAUGCCUUUGAGAACCUGACGAAACAGGUGCCUGUGAGUGUGCGUGCACCCCUACCUACCGUGGCCGUGGGGAUGAGCAGUGGUGUCUUGGUAACUGGUCAGCCUGUUACUUUCUACCCACGCCCCCUGCCCUCACCUGGUGGCAUCCUAUACACGUGGGACUUUGGGGACAGCUCCCCCAUCCUGAAGCAAAGCCAUUCAAUGGUCAACCACACCUAUGCUUUGAGGGGUACGUACCUCGUCCGCUUGGAGGUCAACAACACAGUAAGCAGUGUGGCAGCACAUGCAGAUGUCCAUGUCUUUGAAGAACUCCGAGGCCUGAGUGUGCACAUGAGCCCAGCUGUGGAGCAGGGUGCGCCCAUUGUGGUCAGUGCCAUUGUAGAGAUGGGUGACAACAUCACCUGGACCUUCGACAUGGGGGAUGGCACAGUGCUCACAGGCCCUGAGGCCACAGUGGAACACGUGUACUUGCAGGCACAGAACUACACAGUGACUGUGGGCGCUGCCAGCCCUGCUGGCCACCUGGCCCAGAGCUUGCAGGUACAGGUCUUUGUCUUGGAGGUACUACGCAUUGAGCCUGCCACCUGCAUCCCCACACAGCUCAAUGCCCGGUUGAUGGCCCAUGUCACCGGGGACCCUGAACACUACCAAUUUGACUGGACCUUUGGGGACGGCUCCUCUAACACAACCAUCCAAGGGUACCCAGCAAUUAUGCACAACUUCACACAGAGUGGAACAUUCCCCUUAGCACUGGUGCUGUCGAGCCGAGUGAACAAGGCACAUUACUUCACCAGCAUCUGUGUGGAGCCUGAGGUGCUCAAUGUCACCCUGCAGCCUGAGAAGCAGUUUGUGCAACUUGGUGAUGAGGCCCGGCUGGUGGCACAUGCCUGGCCUCUGUACCCUUAUCGCUAUACCUGGGACUUGGGCACUGCAGAUGCCACCCCAUCCUGCACCUGGGGCCCUGAGGUGACAUUCACCUACAGAGACCCAGGCUCCUACCUGGUGAUAGUCAUAGCAUCUAACAAUGUGUCAGUUGCCAAUGACUCGGCUGUGGUAGAGGUACAGGAGCCUGUGGUACUCUUGGGCAUCAAGGUCAACAGCUCCCAAGUGCUGGAGCUGCAGCAGCCGUACCUUUUCUCUGCACUGGGCCACGGACACCCUGCCACUUAUUUGUGGGAACUAGGGGAUGGUGAAUGGCUCAAGGGACCAGAGGUCACCCAUGCCUACAACAGUACAGGUGACUUCACCAUACGGGUGGCAGGCUGGAAUGGGGUGAGCCACAGUGAGGCCUGGCUCAAUGUCACAGUGCAGCAGCGUGUGCAGGGGCUCAGCCUUAAUGCCAGCCGCACAGCAGUGCCCCUGAACAGCAGUGUGAGCUUCAGCACCUCCCUGGAGGCAGGCAGUGAUGUACAAUACUCCUGGGUGCUGUGUGACCGCUGCACACCCAUCCCCGGGGGCCCCACCAUCUCUUACACCUUCCGCUCAGUGGGCACCUUCAACAUCAUCGUUACAGCUGAGAACAAGGUGGGUUCCGCCCAGGACAACAUCUUCAUCUAUGUCUUGCAGCUCAUUGAGGGGCUGCAGGUGGUGGGUGGUGGCAGCAACUGCUGCUUUCCCACCAACCACACGCUACAGCUACAGGCCACUGUCAGAGAUGGCACCAACAUCUCCUACAGCUGGACUGCCCAGCAGAAUGGCAGCCCAGCCCUAGUUGGCAGUGGCAAAAGCUUCUCACUUACUGCCCUAAAGGCAGGCACCUACCAUAUCCAGCUGCGUGCCACUAACAUGCUGGGCAGUGCCUGGGCCAACCGCACCGUGGACUUUGUGGAGCCUGUGGGGUGGCUGACUGUGGUUGCCUCACCCAACCCCGCUGCUGUCAAUAUGAGCAUCACCUUCAGUGCUGAGCUGGCUGGUGGCAGUGGCAUUAAUUACACUUGGUCCUUGGAGGAAGGGCUGAGCUGGGAGACACCUGAGCCAUCCACCACCCAUACUUUCACUAUAGCUGGCAUGCAUCUGCUCACAGUCACAGCAAGGAACCAGCUGGGCUCAGUCAAUGCCACCACUGAAGUGGCAGUGCAGGUGCCUGUGAGUGGCCUUAGCAUUAGGGCUGGAGAGCCAGACAGCAGCUUUGUGGCUGCUGGUUCCACUGUGUCAUUCUGGGGGCAGCUGGCCAUGGGUACCAAUGUGAGCUGGUGCUGGGCUGUGCCAGGUGGCAGCAAGCGUGGCCAGCACAUCACCGUGGUCUUCCCUGAUGCUGGCAUCUUCUUCAUCCAGCUCAAUGCCUCCAACGCAGUCAGCUGGGUCACAGCUGUGUACAACCUCACAGUGGAGGAGCCCAUCAUGGGCCUGGUGCUAUGGGCCAGUAGCAAGGUGGUGGCACCUGGGCAGCUUGUCCAUUUUCAGAUCCUGUUGGCCACCGGCUCAGCUGUCACCUUCCGCCUGCAGGUUGGCGGGGGUGGCACUGAAGUGCUCCCAGGGCCCCGUUUCUCCCACAGCUUCCCAUGGGUAGGAGAUCAUGUGGUGAGCGUGCAGGCCGAGAACCAUGUAAGCCGGGCCCAGGCACAAGUGCGCAUCUCGGUGCUGGAGGCCGUGAGUGGGCUGCAUGUGCCCAACUGUUGUGAGCCAGGCAUCGCCACAGGCACUGAGAGGAACUUCACAGCCCGUGUGCAGCGUGGCUCCCGAGUCGCCUAUGCCUGGUACUUCUCCUUGCAGAAGGUCCAGGGUGACUCACUGGUCAUCCUGUCUGGCCGUGAUGUCACCUACACGCCCGUGGCUGCAGGGCUGCUGGAGAUUAACGUGCGUGCCUUCAAUGCACUAGGCAGUGAGAACCGAACGCUCGUGGUGGAAGUCCAGGAUGUCAUCCAGUAUGUACAACUGCAGAGUGGCCGCUGCUUCACCAACCGCUCGGCCCAGUUUGAGGCUGCCACAAGCCCUAGUCCCCGGCGCGUGGCCUACCAUUGGGACUUCGGAGAUGGAGCCCCAGUGCAGGACACAGAUGAGCCCUGGGCCGAGCACUCCUACCUACAGCCAGGAGACUACAAUGUGCAGGUGAAUGCCUCCAACCUGGUGAGCUUCUUUGUGGCACAGGCCACAGUGACUGUCCAGGUGCUAGCCUGUAGGGAGCCGGAAGUGGAUGUGGCCCUGCCCCUCCAGGUGCUGAUGCGGCGCUCCCAGCGCAACUACUUGGAGGCCCACAUUGACCUGCGUGACUGUGUUACCUACCAGACUGAGUACCGCUGGGAGGUGUACCGUGCUGCCAGCUGCCAGCGGCAGGGGCGAAUGGCCCCAGUGGCUCUGCCUGGUGUGGAUGUGAGCCGGCCUCAGCUGGUUGUGCCACGACUGGCACUGCCUGUGGGCCACUACUGUUUUGUGUUUGUCGUGUCAUUUGGAGAUACACCACUGGCACGGAGCAUUCAGGCCAAUGUAACAAUGGCCCCUGAGCGCCUGGUGCCCAUCAUUGAGGGUGGCUCAUACCGUGUAUGGUCAGACACGCAGGACCUGGUGCUGGAUGGGAGUAAGUCCUACGACCCUAACCUGGAAGAUGGCGACCAGACACCGCUCAGCUUCCACUGGGCCUGUGUGGCCUCGACACAGAGUGAGGCUGGCGGGUGUGCUUUGAACUUUGGGCCCCGUGGGAGCAGCGUGGUCACCAUCCCCCAAGAGCGCCUGGCAGCUGGUGUGGAGUACACCUUCAACCUCACUGUGUGGAAGGUGGGCCGGAAGGAGGAGGCCACCAACCAGACGGUGCUGAUCCGGAGUGGCCGGGUGCCGAUCGUGUCCUUGGAGUGCGUGUCCUGCAAGGCACAGGCGGUUUACGAAGUGAGCCGCAGCUCCCACGUGUACCUGGAGGGGCGCUGCCACAACUGCAGCCCCGGCUCCAAGCGCGGACGCUGGGCCGCCCGUACCUUCAGCAAUAAAACCCUGGUGCUGGACGAGACCACCACCUCCACUGGCAGCGCCGGCAUGCGGCUAGUAGUGCGGCAGGGCGUGCUGCGGGACGGCGAGGGCUACACGUUCACGCUUACUGUGCUGGGCCACUCAGGCGAGGAGGAAGGCUGUGCCUCCAUCCGCCUGUCCCCCAACAGCCCUCCGCUCGGGGGCUCGUGUCGCCUCUUCCCGCUGGACGCUGUGCGUGCCCUUACCACCAAGGUGCACUUUGAAUGUACAGGUUGGCGGGAUGCUGAGGAUGCUGGUGCCCCGCUGGUGUAUGCCUUGCUGCUGCAGCGCUGUCGUCGGGGCCACUGUGAGGAGUUCUGCAUUUACAAAGGCAGCCUCUCCACCUAUGGGGCUGUGCUGCCCCCUGGGUUCAGGCCACACUUCGAGGUGGGCCUGGCUGUCGUUGUGCAGGACCAACUGGGUGCUUCCGUGGUUGCCCUCAACAGGUCUGUGGCCAUCACCCUUCCAGAGCCCAAUGGCAGUACUCCAGGGCUUAGUUCCUGGCUGCAUGGCCUAACAGCCAGUGUGCUGCCUGGGCUGCUAAGACAGGCUGACCCCCAGCACGUCAUCGAGUACUCACUGGCCCUUGUCACUGUGCUCAACGAGUAUGAGCAGGUCCUCAGCAUGGCAGCAGAAUCCAACCAGGAGCAGCAUCUGCGAGCCCAGAUACGCAAAAACAUCACAGAGACCCUAGUCUCUCUGCGAGUCAACACCGUGGAUGACAUUCAGCAGAUUGCUGCAGCGCUGGCCCAGUGCAUGGUGUCUAGUAGGGAGCUCGUGUGCCGCUCAUGCUUGAAACAGACACUGCACAAGCUGGAGGGCAUGAUGCGUGUCCUGCAGGCUGAGACCACUGAAGGCACUGUGACGCCUACUGCCAUAGCUGAUAGCAUCCUCAACAUCACAGGUGACCUCAUCUACUUGGGCAACUCGGAUAUGCAGGGCCUGCAGCUCUCAGAGCUAGGGGCUGAGCCAACCUCCGUGAUGGUGGCAUCCAAGGCCUACAACCUGUCCUCAGCCCUCAUGUGUAUCCUCAUGCGUUCCCGUGUGCUCAACGAGGAGCCCCUAACCCUGGUGGCUGAGGAGAUUGUUGCCCAGGGCAAGCGCUCAGACCCGCUGAGCCUGCUAUGCUAUGGCAAUGCCUCAGGCCCUGGGUGCCACUUCUCCAUCCCUGAGGCCUUCAGCGGAGCCCUGUCCCACCUCAGUGAUGUGGUGCAGCUCAUCUUCCUUGUUGACUCAAACCCUUUUCCCUUUGGCUACAUCAGCAACUACACUGUCUCCACGAAGGUGGUGUCCAUGGCCUUUCAGACACAAGCUGGCGCCCAGAUCCCUAUUGAGCGCCUAGCAUCAGAGCGUGCCAUCACUGUGAAGGUGCCCAACAACUCAGAUCAGGCUGCCUGGAGCCACCGCACCCCUGCUGGUUCUGUUGUCGUCCAGCCCUGGUCCUCAGUCGGUGCUGUGGUCACCCCAGACAACAGCAACCCCAAGGCUGGGCUACAUCUGCAGGUCACCUACACGCUGCUGAGUGGGCGCUACCUGUCUGAGGAGCCUGAGCCUUACUUGGCUGUCUAUCUGCACAUGGUGCCCCAGCCUAAUGAGCACAACUGCUCAGCCAGUAGGAGGAUCAGCCUGGAAGUGCUGGAGAGUGACGACCACAGGCCCUACACCUUUUUCAUUGCCCCAGGGACUGAAGACCAGGGUGGGAACUACUACCUGAACUUUACCAGCCACUUCCACUGGUCAGUGCUGGAGGUGUCUGUGGGCCUGUACACAUCCCUGUGCCAGUAUUUCAGUGAAGAGGAGAUGAUGUGGAAGACAGAGGGGCUAGUGCCCCUGGAGGAGACUUCACCCAGCCAGGCUGUCUGCCUUACCCGCCACCUCACUGUCUUCGGUGCCAGCCUCUUUGUGCCCCCCAGUCGCAUCCACUUCAUCUUUCCUGAGCCGGCUGCAGCCAUGAACUACGUUGUCCUGCUGACGUGUGCUGUGAGCCUAGUGACCUACGUGGUCAUGGCAGUGAUCCUGCGCAAACUGGACCAGCUAGAUAUCAGCCGGGUCCGUGUCAUCCCUUUCUGCGGGAAGAGGGGUCGCUUCAAGUAUGAGAUUCUGGUCAAGACUGGCUGGGGCCGGGGCUCAGGUACCACAGCCCAUGUGGGCAUCAUGCUGUAUGGGGUGGACAGCCGAAGUGGCCACCGGCACCUGGAUGGGGACAGAGCCUUCCAUCGUAACAGCCUGGACAUCUUCCAGAUUGCCACCCCGCACAGCCUGGGCAGUGUGUGGAAAAUCCGAGUGUGGCACGACAAUAAAGGUCUCAGCCCUGCCUGGUUCUUACAACACAUCAUUGUAAGGGACCUACAGAAUGCCCGCAGCACCUUUUUCUUGGUCAAUGACUGGCUAUCAGUGGAGACAGAAGCCAAUGGAGGCCUAGUGGAAAAGGAGGUGCUGGCAGCAAGUGAGGCGGCCCUGUGGAGGUUCCAGCGUCUCCUAGUGGCUGAGCUACAGCGUGGCUUCUUUGACAAGCACAUCUGGCUCUCCAUAUGGGACCGACCGCCUCGCAGCCGUUUCACUCGAGUCCAGAGGGCCACCUGUUGUUUCCUCCUCAUCUGCCUCUUCCUGGGUGCCAAUGCUGUAUGGUACAGGGUCGUGGGAGACAGCACAUACAGCCCAGGGCCUGUGUCUAGUCUGAUCUCACUGAAUGUCGACACAAUUGCCAUCGGCCUGGUGUCCAGCGUGGUUGUCUACCCUAUCUACCUGGCCGUCUUGUUCCUUUUCCGGAUGUCCCGGAGCAAGGAGGCUGGGGUCCUGAGCCCUACCCCUGUAGGGCAGCAGGUGCUGGACGUUGACAGCUGCCUGGACUCGACUGUGCUGGACAGCUCAUUCGUCACAUUUCCUGGCCUCCGUGCUGAGGCCUUUGCUGGACAAAUGAAAAGUGACUUAUUUCUGGAUGAUUCUAAAAGUGAAGGCACACUUGGUUGGCCGGACCUGCUUAGUGAUUCGUCCAUUAUGGCCAGCACCUUGCGGCGUCUGGCACAGGGCCAGGCUGGCCUUGUGCUAGGCCCAGAAGAGGAUAAUCUCUCCCUGGUUAGCCCCUCUUCACCUGCCAAAUACUUGUCGGCAUCAGAUGAAGACCUGAUCCGGCAGGUCCUAGCCGAAGGGACUAGCAGCCUGGCCCCCACCCAGGAUACAGAAAUAGAAACGGACGUGCUCACUGGCUUGUCCAGUGCUCUUGGGGAGAAGAGAGAGAUGCUGACACUGCAGAGCCUGGGGGAGAAGGGGCUGCCCAGUCCAGGCCUAACCUGGGAACAACCCCAGGUGGCAAGGCUCUCCAGGACAGGACUGGUGGAGGGUCUGCGGAAACAACUGUUGCCAGCCUGGUGUGCCUCUUUGGCUCAUGGGUUCAGCCUGCUCCUGGUAGCUGUGGCCAUGGGGGUCUCAGGGUGGGUCGGUGCCAGUUUCCCUACCAGUGUGAGUGUCAUGUGGCUCUUCUCAAGCACCUCCAGCUUCCUGGCCUCCUUCGUUGGCUUGGAGCCACUUAAGGUCCUGUUGGAAGCCCUCUACUUCUCACUGGUUGCCAAGAGGCUACACCCAGAUGAAGAUGACACCCUUGUGGAGAGCCCGGCUGUGACACCUGUGAGCGAGCGUGUGCCCCGUGUACGGCCCCCCCAUGGCUUUGCACUCUUCUUAGCUAAGGAGGAAGCCCGCAAGGUCAAGAGGCUGCACAGCAUGCUGAGGAGCCUCCUAGUAUACAUGCUUUUCCUGCUGGUGACGCUGCUGGCCAACUAUGGAGAUGCCUCAUGCCAAGGCCAUGCCUAUCGCCUGCAGAGUGCCAUCAAGCAGGAGUUAGACAGCCAGGCCUUCCUGGCCAUCACGCGCUCUGAGGAGUUCUGGCCAUGGAUGUCUCAUGUGCUGCUCCCUUAUGUCCAUGGGAACCAGUCCAGCCCAGAGCUGGGGCCCCCACAGCUGCGGCAAGUGCGGCUACAGAAUGCUCUGGGCCCCGCAGGGGCACAUACGUGCUCAGCCUCAGGAGGCUUCAGCACUGCCAACUACAGCGUUGGCUGGGCGAGUGCAGCCUACAACAGCUCGAAGACAUGGGCCUAUUCUGCACCUGACCUGCUAGGCUCCUGGUAUUGGGGCUACUGCACCGUGUAUGAUAGCGGGGGCUACGUGCAGGAGCUGAGCCUGAACUUGGAGGACAGCCUCGCUCAGCUGGGCUUUCUGCAGCUGCACAACUGGCUCGACAACAGGAGCCGCGCCGUGUUCGUGGAACUCACACGCUACAGCCCGGCCGUAGGGCUGCACGCUGCCAUCACACUGCGCUUAGAGUUCCCGGUGGCCGGCCACGCAGUCACCGGCCUCAGUGUCCGCCCCUUCGCCCUGCAGCGUCUCAGCGCAGGCCUGUCGCUGCAGCUGCUCACCUCGGUGUUCCUGCUGCUGUUCGCGCUUUAUUUCUCGGCUGACGAAGCCAGGACCUGGCACAGGGAAGGGCGAGCGCGCGCUCUGCGGCCUGGGGCCUGGGCGCACUGGCUGCUGGUGACGCUGACUGCGGCCGCCGGGCUAGUGCGCCUGGCCCAGCUGGGCACUGCUGACUACCAAUGGACCCGCUUUGUGCGCGGUCGUCCGCGCCGCUUCACCAGCUUUGAUCAGGUGGCGCAACUGAGUUCCGUGGCCCGUGGCCUGGCGGCCUCUGUGCUUUUCUUGCUCCUGGUUAAGGCCACCCAACAACUGCGCUUUGUGCGCCAGUGGUCUGUUUUUGGCAAGACUCUGCGACGGGCCCUGCCGGAGUUGGCAGGGGCUACCUUUGGCCUGGCUGUACUCGGCGCCGCCUAUGCCCAGCUCGCUGUUCUGCUUGUGUCCUGUGUGGAGUCCCUUCAGAGUGCAGCUCAGGCCCUCUUGGUGCUGUGCCCAGGGGCUGGGACCCCCACUCUGUGCCAAGAUGAGUCCUGGUGCUUGUCCCCUCUUUUGUGUGUGGGGCUCUGGGCUCUGCGGCUGUGGGGUGCCCUGAGGCUGGGGGCAGUUCUUCUUCGGUGGCGCUACCACACCCUGCGGGGAGAGCUCUACCGCCCAGCCUGGGAGCCACAGGACUACGAGAUGGUGGAGCUGUUCUUGCGUAGGCUUCGCCUCUGGAUGGGCUUCAGCAAGGUCAAGGAGUUCCGCCACAAAGUCCGCUUCGAAGGGAUGGAGCCACUGCCCUCCCGCUCAUCCAGGGGCUCCAGGUCAGCCCCAGAGGCACCCCUGCCCAGUGCCGGCUCCCAGGCUUCACAUCUUUCCACCUCCUCCAGCCAGCUGGAUGGGCUGAGUGUGGGCCCUGGCCAGUUAGGGGUGAAGGCAGAGCCCGAGCCUGAGCCCUCCCGACUCCAAGCUGUAUUCGAGGCCCUGCUUACCCAGUUUGACCGACUCAACCAGGCCACAGAGGAUGUCUACCAGCUGGAGCAACAAUUACAGAGCCUUCAGGGCCACAGGAGCAGCCAGGCCCCUGCCAUGCCUUCCUGUGGCCCCUCUCUAGGCUUGCAGCCAGGCCUGCCCAGCCACCUUGCCCGGGCCUGUCAGGCCAUUGAUCUCGCUACUGGCACCAGUAGGGCAUCCCUAUGGGCCAAGAACAAGGUACACCCUAGUAGCACUUAGCCUCAGAGGACCUGGACUCAUGUCUCUUUCUUGGGGCAGCACCUAUAGCUUUGCUCUGGCCUAUUGGAGCCAGAGUGGACACCACUCAGUAUUACCUUCUGCCACCCUCAAAAUCUUGGGCCAGGCAGAAAGGCUGCACACCAGUUCCCCAGAGGGCAGGCAGGGUCUGUCUGUCUGUGGGCUUCAGCACUUUACAAGAGGCUGUGUGGCUAGCUAGGACCCAGGGUUCCCUCCCCAGUCCUCUGUGGGAGGACACAGCAGUAUUGGACUGAGUGCCCAGCCUCUGAGAUGCUAAUUUAUUUCCCAAGUCCUCAGGUACAGCAGGCUGUGCCAGGCCCUACCCAUGGGCUGAUGUCUCCCCUCACUAAGGAUCCCGGCUGCAGGGAGGGUAACCCUCACCUCCUGCUGCCCUCCCCUAAGUUAUUACCUCUUAUGUCUCUGCAGUGUAUGCCCUUUCUGCUGCCGUCUAUGUGUCUAUCCAUCAGUAAUUUAUAUGGGGUUAAAAUGUAUGUAUUUUUGUAUGUCACUAUUUUUCAUUCAUGAAGGGUCUGGUAGGUGAAGCUGGGCCCCGUGCCCACUAUGAGGCAGAGCAGGGACUGCCAGGCCCUGGCUUAGCAGCUGUGGCCCAUGUGGGGCAACUCCAGCUGCUUCUUGGAUCCGAGUCUGGCCUUGGGCAGGUGCUAGGGCAAUGUUAUAGGUGUACAGCUGCCCCCCCCCCCAGUCUCCUCACUGCUGUGGCUUUGUUUCCCCCUCUUGCCUGAGGCCCUGCAGUGAGAAGGCAGCACCCAGGCCUGCUGAUGUCAGGUGUGGGCAAAGAGCAGGACUAUGAUGUGAUGAAGGACACAUUCAAAGGGAAAGACCCAUUCCAGGGCUGGCUCCCAGGGCUAGGGAGGGUUAAUGGGUGACAAUGUGAGAAACUGUAUGUGUGAGGCUGAGAUUGCUUCUGUGGGCAUGGCCCCAGCUAGCACCUUGAUCCCUCCCACAAAACGACAAAGUCAAAUAAAGGAGCUGACUGCU